GAAAUUCAGAACGCAGAGAACGAGGUCUGAAUUCGUUGGUAUAAGCAUGGCAUAAGCAUAAAAAAAACAGCUGACGUGUUAUGAGAAAUCGAAUUCCAGAGAAUGUAGUUGAGUAAAUCCAACUAAGUGACAGAAUCGUGAAAAAAUCGGAUGCAGUGAAAUGUAUUUACACUGAUUAGGAAUAAAAUGCGAAAAAUAUCAAGUAACAUAAAUGAUGGGCAAAAAGCGGGAAGGCAGACUGUAUAUCAACGCGGUGGGCAAAGGGAUGGUUCACCUCACUAUGUGCUCUUGUAUUCCGAUGCAGAGAAUAGUGGAGAUGAAGAGUCAAUUCCUCUGCGUAAAAUUUCUCUGUCACAAGCACCUCCUCGCAGAGUGGAGGUGAUUAAGAUUCAGUUACAGCCUGAGGAUACCUUACAGGCUCUGUCCCUAAGAUAUGGAAGCACUAUAUCUGAAUUGAAGAGGAUUAACAACAUACACAAAGAUAAUGAGAUAUUUGCACAUCGCACAUUUAAGGUUCCUGUAAAACCCUUUUCACUGUUGACAGAAACUCUAAAUGAGGCUGUGAAUCCGAAUGGGAGAACAGAGGUCGGAAAUCUUGUUGAAAUUGAGGAGCAGCAGAGUACCUCUAGGGAGGAGCAAAUCAUUAAUUUAAUAGCAACUCCAAUUUUGCAACCUCCUUCAAAAUCUGAUUUUAAUUAUACUGUAUUGAAUUCACUUUAUGAGCCUUUGACAACUUCUAGCUGUGAAGCACAUGAUACAUUGGAAGAGGGAGAAAGUGCCCAAUUACUUGCUGCUGAAGAGACUAAACAAGAACAUAGCGUUACAGACAGUUUCAUGUGCUCUGGUGCUGAUUGGGGUCUUUCAUGGUCACAAGUGGUCGGCUGUUCUUUGCUUUUGGGUUUCGGGGGGCCUCUCAUAUACUUUUUCUUAUAUCUUGCCGAUCAUUCUUCCAAGCAACAUUCAACAACAGGACACUAAAAGUUUUUUCAUGACAAUAAUAGAUACGCUACUUUUUCCAUAAUGGCCCAUAUCUGACUCCGCUGCAUUACAAGUAGUCUUAUUCUAGUUUUGUGAUAAUACACGAUAUCUCCAACUAGAGAAUACAAAGAGGAUGACCCUUUUUGACAUUAUUCUAAGUUUUAGUAAUAAUUCACGGAUUUUUAACUCUCCCAAUAGUAGCUUAUUUCAUCUUCAUACAUCUAUAAUUAACCACCAAAAAUUUGCUAUUCAACUUAUGAAUAGUAAUUCAUGCAUUUGUCAGUGAUCAUACUGUAGGCUGGGAACUGGAAAAGCGCAACCUACAUCAUUUUACUUGUAGGCUGUUGUAUUGACAUAAGGUCGUAUCCCUCCAAAGUGAACAGAAUUCAUAUAGAUAACUGUGCCUUUGAAUGCCAAGUGAAUUUGCAGAAAUCUUUCUUUUUACUUUGUGUACGUACCUCAGCAAUACGAAUAAUGCUCUAAUGAAUCUUGAAUUUAGACGUUAUCUGUGAUAUGAACAUUCAUGAUUAGUAAAUACGUUUGCAUGGGUAAGAAAAAAUGGAAGAACCAUGCAGAUGACGACGAAUGUUACUCAUGCAACGAGCGCAUAUGAUUAUUUUCAACUACUCAUUUGUUGUAUAGCUUUAGGCUAAUAUAUUUAUGAUUAGUAUUCUUAGAUUUGAAUGUACACGUGACUGUUAACCAAUUUUCAAAACGCGAAAAAUAUAUUUUUCAAUAAUAAA